AUGGACGAUUGGCAAGAAGCUGCUUUCACAUCAAGACAUGUUCACAACAAAGCAAGCAAGUCAAACAAAGGGGGCGGACGAGGACGACGCGGUGGGGCCUUCGAAGUCAAGAGAGCGUUUGGCAGAUACGACAUCAAAUGCCCGAGCGCGACCAAAGUGAGAAAUGGGAAGCCUGCUAGUCCGUCAAUGGAUAUAUUUCGGCUCUCGGAAGAUGGCAGGGGGUUAUUGGGACAGCUGAGCCUGCUCGGGGUUCUCGAUGCCAGCAUUAUCUUGACCGGGAGUAGAAAGGUUCUUGAAGACCUGAUAUCGCAAUUUGAAGAGAGCGACGAAGAGGCUGAAGUUUCUGAUAAGUCCGGAGAAGAUGAUGGCUCGAUCUCGAAGCACAAGAUCAGCGAGGCUGAGAGGAAAGCAGACGACAUCGAUAAGCAGGAAGAUGAAGCUGACGAAGGAUCAGAAGAAGAGGAGGACGAGGAGGAGAGCGAGGUGGAUGAGAAGAAACGGUUCAAGAACUUCGAGAAGAAUAGCUUUCGCUCACCCAAAUUCUGGUUCCAAUGGAAUGGAGACAUCGCACCUACGACGACGUCCUUCCUAGAUGACAAGACAUCACCAACGCCUAGCCGGGAGACUGGAAGAGGCUACAUCGUAUUCUCUGGAAAUGAUUGCCGCUCUUUCAAAGGAACAAUCAGCUGCGACUCUCUAGGUUGGAGGGACGUCUCGAUAUCUGGGUGGAAGGAGGUGUCCAUGAGCGAGAGGGACGCUGCCUUUGUCUGGAAGUAA